UUGGACAUGUUCUAUCUACAUUAUGUGGCAAUGGUGUGGCAGCAUGGAAGGAAGUUCCCCGCAAGGAUCGACGGCUAGCGAGAUCAUCAGCCUCGCAUCAUCAAACACUUCCACCUACCAAUCUUCCCUCCCUCACCACAACACAACCCCAACAAACCAAACCGCCAACCCAAGCCAAUGCCACACAUCGAACUGCUCCCCCACACCGGGCCCGGCGCCAUUGCCCCCGCCCCCGGCUGGGCCUACGUCCCCGACACCGGCUACGACCCCAGCAAAGCCGCCAUCAACCCCACGGCACGCAAGCGCACCGCCGCGCACGCGCACACGGCCGCCGCCGCCGCCGCAGCAGCCGCAGUCGCAGCCGGCAGCGGCGGUUAUAGUGGUGGAGGGGGGACAGACCACCUCUCGGCGCGGCAGCAGUCGCAGCUGGCCAAGCGCCUGGCCGAGCUCGACCGCGACAACCACAAGGACGUCGCGCUGCCGACGGGGCGGGGGAGCGCCAGCGCAAGCAGCGGCGCUGGAGGAGUAACGCCCCGUGAGCGCGCGGGCAAGAAGCUCACGCCCGCCGUGCGCAAGAUUCUCAUCUCCGGCCGCACGUUUGCGCACUGGUUGGCGGACGAGGAGGCGUUGGCUGCGCAGCGCCAGAGCAGUGGUGGUGGUGCGAGUGCGCGCUCCCCGCCGCCGCCGUCGUCGUCGGUGGGGUCGCCUGCGCUGAGCGGUGGUGGUGGCGGAAUCGGAGGCACGAUUGUUGUUGCUGGCGGAGUCAGCAGCGGGCGCGUCACCAAGCGGGGAAAGGCCUCGAAGCGCGGCAGCACCGCAGCAGCAGCAGCAGCAACAACAACAGCAACAACAACAACAACAACAACAACAACAGCCACAGCCACAGCCACCGCCGCCGCCGCCGCAGCAGCAGCAGCAGCGCUCGCCUCACCCAGCAGCACGCCCAACACGCCAGACACACCAGCAGCACCCCCGGGCACCUCCUCGACCACCACGGACAACGAGCCAGAACCAGACACGCCCCUCCUCGCGCGGCCCGCACACCUGCCCCUCGCCCCGCCCUCCGCGCACACCCUGCGCACCCAGCUCAGCCUCCCCGCCCUCCCGUACGCGGCCGCGCGCGCGCAGCCACCAGCAACAGGGGCCGGCCCGCCGCCGCCGCGCCGCCGCUUCUGCGACAUCUGCGGCUACUGGGGCCGCGUCGCGUGCUUGCGGUGCGGCGCCGCGCGCGUGUGCGGGCUCGAGUGCAAGCGCGCGCACGAUGAGACGGCGUGCUUGCGGUUUGGGUAGCGGGGGAA